AUAAUUAAAAAAUUGUGUAGAUAAAAGUUCAAAUUAAUUAGCAAUGUGUUAUAUGAAAAUCAAUAUUUAAUUUCCACGUGUCAAAUGAAUUUACACUUGUGUCUCUCGUCAAGCUAACGUGUGCUCCAAACAUUGUGUCAACACGGUGUUUUGUUUUGUUUUUUUUUUAUCAACAAUAACAGUGACACAUUUUAUUGAAUAAUAUUUUUUUAUAAAUAGCAUUAAUUAACAAUUAAUCACACAAUAAAUAUAAAUGAUUUCCAUGGAGAAUCUGGAUGAUGAAGAUCCAGAUUAUGCUAUUCCAGGUCCAAGUAAUGCCAUUCAAAAUUUUCAUGAAGAAACAGCUCGUAAAAAUAAAGAAAAAAUAAUCAUUCAAAUAGUUAAUAAAGAAUUUACAAAAGAAAUUGAAACAAAAGAAAAAGAAAUUGUUAAAAUUCAAAAUCGUCUUGAUGAUGCAUUGAAGACACUUCAUUUUUUACGUACAGUUAUUGUUAAUGAUUAUUAUAACAAAAAACAUUGUCAACCAUCAAUACCACAAACAACUCGACAAACAAGACUUCAUCCAGCAGUUAAAAAACUCAUUGGAAAAUCACCAAAAUCAAAAUUUCAAAUACCAGAUAUUUCAAUUCCUUCAACAUCAAAAUUAUCAUCAUCAAUUACCUCAAAUGAUUCAUCAACAAAUACUAAAAUAUCAUCAAAUAAUUUAUCUCUUGAAUCAUUAAAAAAUCAAGGUAUUAAAAAUACUGAAAAACGUAGCUUAGAAAUAAAUCAAUCAAAUAAUAAUAAUGAUUUUGAUCCACCUAAAAAAAUUCCACGUUAUAUACCACCAAAAAAAAAUGUACCAGAUCCAUUACCACCAUCACGUGGUGAAAGAUAUAAAAUGGCUAAACGUAUUAUUGUUGGUAAUUUUGCAACAUUAUUACCUGAUGAUUCACGUCAUGAUAGUGCAACUCAUAAAUGGCAAGUUUAUGUUAAUGGACCAAAAGAAGAACCAGAUAUAUCAAAAUUUGUAUCAAAAGUAAAAUUUUUUCUUGAUCCAAGCUACAAGCCAAAUGACGUUGUUACUGUAACAAAUCGUCCAUUUAAUUUAACGAGAAGAGGAUGGGGUGAAUUUCCCAUAAGAAUAACUUUAUAUUUUCAUGAUCCAGCUAAUAAAUCACGUGAUAUUGUUUAUAAUUUAAAAUUAUUUAAAAAUAAUCCAUCACGUCAAGGACCAGUAGCUGAAAAUUGGUAUGAUAUUUAUAUAUUUCGUCCAAAUAUAUCUGACACAGUACGUGAUGUAAAUAAUCAUGAAAAAUUAAUAACAAAUUAUGAUAAAAAUAUAAAUGACACAAGUAUAGCUACAGAUGUAAAUAAAUUAAAAAAUGAUAAAAUAAAUAGGAAAAUUCAAACAGUAUCACAUGUACAAUAUGAACAUGAUUAUGUUAAUUUUAUAUCAUUAGGAUAUAAACUUGAAUAUAAAGGUGAAAAACAUGUGACAAUAUCACAUUCACCAACAAAAAUAAAUCAAGUUAAUAAAACAAAUGAUAAAUUAAUAAAUGUAAAUAAUAAAAAUUUAGCAAAUUCAAGAAUAUCUGUUAAACAAAUUAAUUGUUUAAAUAGCGUUGAUGAAAAUGCUAAUAAAAAUUGUGAUAUGAUUAAUAUUAAAAUUGAUCCAUCAAAAAGUUUAAUGUUAAAUUCAAAUUCAAAUAUUCCAGCAUUAAAAAUUGUGGAUUCAUCAGAUUCAUUACAACCCUUGAUAAAUAAUAAUAAUUUAAAUGGAAAUCAUGUAAAUGGUGAUUGUUCUAGUAAAAUUAUUAAUGGAAAAAAUAAAGUUAAAAUUUCGGAUCGUGCUCAGUAUUUUAAUGGAAUAUUAGAAUCACUUGAAAAUAUUGAAAUAAAAGAAACUGAAGCAUUAAUUAGAUUUAUUGCUAAAAGAAUACCACUUGUUACUGAAUAUGCAUUAGAUCCAGAUUAUCGUAAAAUUCAUCCUUAUGCUGUUGAAGAUGAGGAAGAAUUUUUAUCCUACAAUACUGGAAAACAACGAGCAAUUGAGUUAUACAGAGCAAAAAUGAUAAGAUCUAUAUUGAGAAAAAAAAUUCCUGAAGAACAAGUUUGGACAUUAAAAGAGCUCAUGAUUUGGUGUAGAUAUCAUGGUUUUACUCCGGUAUGGCCGUCAAUUGAUGAUUAUCAUAAUACCCAAAAAUCAUCAAAGCUAUCUGGUAAAUCAAUACAACAAGAAAAUAAAGAAUUAAUUUAUAAUACUUGCACUGAGCCAGUUGAACUUCAUGAAUGGAUUAAAACAUCAAAAAAUUCACAAAAUAAUAAUCUAUCAGAUGAUGAAUUAAUUGACAUUGAAAGUUUAGAUAUUAAAGAUAUUAAAAUUGAAAAAACUGAUUCAAUAAUUAAUGAUGAUAAUAAAAGACUAUUAGAAUUGGAAAUGCCUAAAGAAAUAACAGGUUUACAUACGUAUGUUUGUCAAACUGUUAGACAAAUUGGUGUUAAAUUUGGAUCUGAAGAAAUUGUUACUGGUGUUAGUCAUCCAGUUGCAAGUCAUUUAUUAGCCAAGAUUGCUGAAAAAUUAAUGGAAGAUUUAUUGAGAAUAUCUUUAGCCAGAGCAUUUGAAAGAAAUCCAAAUAAAAGUUGUCCAGAAUCAUUAACAUUAGAUGAUGUUCGUUCAGCAAUACUAAGUCGUGAUGAAUUUGAUAUAUUUACAAAUUCAGGUCUUGGUACUCAACAAAUUGAUGAAUAA